CUUCUGCAGUAGCUAACUUUUCUAUCACUACAAUAGAUGUCGUUCAAGCGGCAAAAGUCCACGGGCGAGGUAGACCUAUCCAAGGUGUACACGUCCGGCCUACACCUCAUCGGACCGGACUACGCUUUCAAACCCUUCAGGGCCGACGCCCAUUUUGAGACCCUGUCCAAGAUCACGACCUACUCUACGGACAAAGUGGAGGUGACCAUCUCGUGCUCUUUCCAGUAUUUCUUGAAGGAGGAAGAUUUGGCAGAUUUGCACGCAGAGUAUGACAUCUACUACAAACCGGUCAUACGAACAACUGCUAACGCGGCCGUCAAGUCUCGCGCCUCGCAGAUAUCGGUUGCGCAGUUUAUACGGGACCGUGACACAGUGGAAACAGCGCUGUUUAAGAACCUUGCGGACCGACUCGGCGGCAAGUGUUGCCGCAAAAACUGUGCGGGUGACGCCUGUAAGGACUGCAUCGCAUGGAGUCAGUGCAAGCGCUCGGACAAAGGUCUGUUCGUGGAGGUCCGCUACUUUCAGCUCCUUGCCUUCGACAUCAACGAAGAUAUAAAGAGUCGCUACUUACGUCAAGUCACGGAGAAAGAGCAAGAAGAACAAGCCAAUUUUGAGCUACAGGAGAAGGUUGUCCGCAAGGAGACGGAACGGCAGAAGAAUGAGAUCCUAAACGAGGCUGCAGAAAUCGCGCAAAAUGCCACGUCCAUCGCGGCUAUCAUCACGGCUCAGACCGAGGCCGAUACCCUCGUGAAAGUAGAGAAUGCUCGUAACACGGGUCUCGCGGAGGUCUUCUCUGCUCUGAAUAUCACCAGCGAGCAGCACAAGGCGUCGUACAUUUAUUUGAACACAAUUAGGCAGCAAGAGAAAGCUAAACUGAGCGUCAACUACGAUACACUCAUGGCUAAGGACUAAACUUAUUUCUUUUUUUUUUUUUCAAAUAAACAUUGGAUGUAAUUUUGAUUGUCCUUAUGAUAUACAUCUUUAUUUUGAUAACGUGAUAUUAUCAUGUGAAUAAAAGGAACUUUAAGAGCG